AUGCAAUCGAUCACAACUUACCUCGUCUUCCCUACAGUCGCUUUGUUUCUUGCCUUCGCGUUUCUGCGCUUUAAGGGCCGCAAAUCAAUAGUCUGGAGGAUUCGUGGACCUCCGAGUCCUUCGACUCUCUUAGGUCAUGAAUACCUCCUCCGUAACCGUCAGCACUUGGGAGACUUGGAGAUGGAAUGGUAUCAGCAAUACCGCGCCGUAUACCGCACUAAGGGAUGUUUCGGGCAAGAUGUUUUGUCCGUUGCUGACCCGAAGGCAUUGCAAUACAUAUUUCAUUCUUCUGGAUACCGGUUCCCGAAAACUGGAGACACGAAUCGUAUGUUCGAGGCUAUCAGUGGACGAGGAUUAGUCGCUGUGGAGGGCGAAAUCCACCAACGCCAGCGGAAAAUUCUCGGGCCCGCUUUUACAGCAUCCCAACUCCGACUCUUUCUGACGGUCUUCCAGGCGUUAGCCGUGAAGCUUACGGAGCAAAUCAAUCAGCGUGUUGAGGGUGCUCGAGUGCUCAAUAUACUCGAAUGGACAAGCAAGGCUGCAUUAGAUAUCAUAGGCAUCACGUCUUUCCGAUAUGAGUUUAACUCUCUCGAUGGUGGACAAACCGAGUUGAGGGUGGCCCUCAAUAAUCUUAUCGGAGAUUCUAUGAUGUGGCCAACGUCGCUGGAGCUUCUAUGCUCCGCGCUCUGGCGUAUACUUCCUGCGUGGUUGCUUGUACCGCUCGAGUGGCUGCCCAAUAAACAGACCAUGCGGCUAAACCACUUCAGAAACCUUGCGAUGGAGGUAUCUCGACCGAUCUUUGAGAAACAACUGAAAGAGGUGGCGAACGAUGCCAAUCCGGCUGAGAAGGACCUUGUUAAUGUUCUCGCAAUGUCUCAUUUCAACGAAGAUGCCAAGAAGAAGAUGAACGAUACAGAAGUUGAUUCUCAGCUGGCGACGUUCGUAUUUGCCGGCCAUGACUCAACUGCAAACACCAUGUCCUGGCUUUUGUAUGAGCUGAGCCUUCACGCUGAGGACCAAUCGAAGAUACGUGAAGAGAUUGCUCAAACGAAAUUGAAUGCCUCCGGAGCUCUCACAUCGAAUGAUUACGAUUCGAUGCUGUGGCUAAAUGCUUGUAUUAAAGAAACUCUCCGUUUACAUUCUCCUGGACAUUCCCUGUUCCGUCAAGCCGCGCAGGAUGACGUCCUGCCCCUCUCCGAGCCUAUCACCACUUCGGACGGCCAAGUGUGUUCGCAGAUUCCCAUAUGCAAGGGACAAGUCAUCCUGGCUUCCAUCUAUACCUACAAUCGACUUCCGUCGGUAUGGGGUGACGAUGCCGACGAGUGGAAUCCUCGUCGUUUCCUUGACGGUCGGGAUGUUAAGCAAACCUCUCUGGGAGUGUAUGCUAAUUUGUACGGUUUUGUCUGCUCUGGCAUUCGUGGAUGCAUUGGAUGGCGAUUUGCUGUCAUGGAGGUGCAAUCCGUAGUCACAGAGCUCUUGAGUAACUUCGAAUUCAGUAUGCCGAAGGGAGCUUCUAAGCUGCAGUAUGGUCCUGCUGGUCCGGCUUCGAUCCCCAUCGUUCCAGGCAAGGCAGAGGAAGGAGCGCAAGUCCCGUUACUUGUAACCGUGCUUAACAAGUAG